UCCUUCACCAAAUCUUCUACUCCAUCUCAUUUUUUGGCUAAUUGCCAUGGCAGGCUUUGUUACUGGUUCCGACACCAGGGACGAGCCUCCACCGAAUCGCCACUCUGCUUCAAAAAUAUGUAAAGUUUGUGGGGAUGAGAUUGGUUACAAAGAUAAUGGAGAGCUGUUUGUGGCCUGCCAUGUUUGCGGUUUUCCGGUUUGUCGUCCUUGUUAUGAGUAUGAAAGGAGUGAAGGAAAUCAAUGUUGCCCUCAGUGCAACACUCGCUAUAAGCGUCACAAAGGUUGUCCAAGGGUUGCAGGUGAUGAAGAGGAUAGCUUUGAUGAUGAUUUUGAUGAUGAGUUUCAGGUCAAAAAUCACCAGGAUGACUCUGCGGAUCAUAGAAUUCAUGCCACUACUAAUUCGGAAAAUGGGGACCAUUACAAUCCACAGCAAUGGCAUCCAAAUGGCCCAGCUUUCUCUUCUUUUGCCGGAAGUGUUGCUGGUAAGGAUUUUGAAGCCGACAAAGAAGCUUAUAGCGCUGAGGAAUGGAAAGAUAGAGUAGAAAAAUGGAAAGUCAGGCAAGAAAAAAGAGGCCUUUUCAACAAAGAAGAUGGCAACAAUGAUCAAGCCGAGGAAGAUGAUUACCUUUUGGCAGAAGCCCGACAACCAAUGUGGAGAAAAGUCCCAAUUCCUUCAAGCAAAAUAAGUCCUUACCGCAUAGUUAUUGUCCUUCGUCUUGUAAUUCUGAUGUUCUUCUUCCGUUUCCGUAUCUUAACCCCUGCCUACGAUGCUUUUGCCCUCUGGCUCAUCUCUGUCAUUUGUGAAAUAUGGUUCGCACUCUCUUGGAUUCUUGAUCAGUUCCCCAAAUGGCAACCCAUCAACCGUGAGACAUACUUGGAACGUUUGUCCCUAAGAUUUGAACGUGAGGGUGAGCCUAAUCGUCUUGCCCCUAUUGAUUUCUUCGUGAGUACUGUGGAUCCUCUCAAGGAACCCCCAAUCAUCACUGCAAACACUGUUCUUUCUAUCUUAGCCGUGGAUUACCCUGUUGAAAAAGUGAGCUGUUAUGUAUCCGAUGAUGGUGCUUCCAUGCUCCUUUUCGAUACGUUAUCCGAGACUGCUGAGUUUGCUAGGAGAUGGGUUCCUUUUUGUAAGAAGCAUAACAUUGAACCAAGAGCUCCAGAGUUCUAUUUCUCUCAGAAGAUUGAUUACUUGAAGGACAAGGUUCAUCCAAGCUUUGUCAAAGAGCGUAGGGCCAUGAAAAGAGAGUACGAAGAAUUCAAAGUGAGGAUUAAUGCACUGGUUUCAAAGGCUCUGAAGAAACCGGAAGAUGGGUGGGUGAUGCAGGAUGGUACUCCAUGGCCCGGCAACAACACUCGUGAUCAUCCCGGCAUGAUUCAGGUUUAUCUGGGAAGUGCUGGUGCACUAGAUGUAGACGGAAAGGAACUACCACGUCUUGUAUAUGUUUCUCGUGAGAAACGACCUGGCUAUCAACAUCACAAGAAAGCAGGUGCCAUGAAUGCUCUGGUUCGUGUAUCUGCUGUGCUCACUAAUGCACCUUUCAUGUUGAAUCUGGAUUGUGAUCACUACGUCAAUAACAGCAAGGCUGUAAGGGAAGCUAUGUGCUUUCUAAUGGAUCCCAAUUUGGGAAAGAAGCUUUGCUAUGUCCAGUUUCCUCAGAGAUUUGAUGGUAUUGAUCGCCACGACAGAUAUGCUAAUCGAAAUGUGGUGUUCUUUGAUAUCAACAUGAGAGGCCUUGAUGGGAUCCAAGGACCAGUAUAUGUUGGGACUGGAACUGUUUUCAAUAGGCAGGCAUUAUAUGGCUAUGAUCCACCAGUGUCUGAAAAGAGGCCAAAGAUGACAUGUGACUGCUGGCCUAAAUGGUGCUGCUGCUGCUGCUGUGGUGGUUCAAGGAAAAAGUCUAAGAAGAAGGGAGUGGUAAGAAGUUUGUUUGGAGGACUAUACACAAAGAAAAAGAAAAUGAUGGGGAAGAACUACGUGAGGAAAGGGAGCUCAAGUAUGUUCGAUCUUGAAGAGAUUGAAGAAGGGCUUGAAGGUUAUGAUGAGUUGGAGAAAUCAUCACUCAUGUCACAGAAGAAUUUUGAGAAACGAUUUGGGCAAUCUCCUGUUUUUAUAGCUUCUACUCUUGUGGAAGAUGGUGGCCUUCCUGAAGGGACCAAUACCUCUUCUCUUAUCAAAGAGGCCAUCCAUGUUAUAAGUUGUGGCUAUGAAGAGAAAACUGAAUGGGGAAAAGAGAUUGGGUGGAUCUAUGGCUCGGUUACAGAAGAUAUUUUGACUGGCUUUAAAAUGCAUUGUAGAGGAUGGAAGUCAUUAUACUGUAUGCCAAAAAGACCAGCUUUCAAGGGAUCUGCACCUAUCAAUCUUUCAGAUCGGUUGCACCAAGUGCUGAGGUGGGCUCUUGGUUCAGUAGAAAUUUUCCUUAGUCGUCACUGCCCCUUAUGGUAUGCCUAUGGUGGAAAAUUGAAGUACCUUGAGAGAUUUGCUUACAUCAACACCAUUGUCUACCCUUUCACUUCCAUUCCUCUACUAGCCUACUGCACUGUCCCAGCUAUCUGUCUUCUCACAGGAAAAUUUAUCAUCCCAACUCUGAACAACUUUGCUAGCAUAUGGUUCAUGGCACUUUUCUUGUCCAUCAUUGUGACUGGUAUUCUAGAGCUUCGAUGGAGCGGUGUUAGCCUAGAGGACUGGUGGAGAAAUGAGCAAUUCUGGGUCAUUGGUGGUGUGUCUGCACAUCUUUUUGCUGUCUUCCAAGGCCUCCUCAAGGUCCUUGCUGGAGUUGACACCAACUUUACGGUGACAGCGAAAGCAGCAGACGACAGUGAGUUUGGGGAGCUAUACCUCUUCAAAUGGACUACUCUUCUUAUACCUCCAACAACCCUAAUUAUCUUGAACAUGGUGGGAGUUGUGGCAGGCAUUUCUGAUGCCAUUAACAAUGGUUAUGGUUCAUGGGGUCCUCUGUUUGGGAAACUAUUUUUCUCCUUCUGGGUCAUUGUCCAUCUCUAUCCCUUCCUCAAAGGUUUGAUGGGAAGGCAAAACAGGACUCCUACCAUUGUUGUACUUUGGUCAAUUCUUCUGGCUUCGAUCUUCUCACUCAUUUGGGUUCGAAUUGAUCCUUUCUUACCCAAGCAAGUUGGACCAAUUCUUAAACAAUGUGGGGUGGAAUGCUAGAUAGCCAAACGGUAUUGAUUUUUUUUGGGUUUUUUUACCUCUCCCCCUUGAAUGUUUUUUCUCUGUAGUUUAAAGGCACUUUGUGCUUGUAUAUGUCUUUUAUCAGAACUCCAUAAACCUUAAAGAGAAUGAUUUGAGCAUAUAUAAUGUUGAACAAAGGUUGAUUUGGUGGUAAUUAAUGUGUGAGAAAAGGAAGCAACUGGCAUUAUCAUGAUCUAUACAGUGAUUGCCACCAUUACAAUGAUAUGUAUCAUGAACUGCAAAUAACAUUUACAGUAUCUCCACCAAACCUGUUUGAGAUUUCGAUCCA